UGGGAGAGGGACAGAGAGGUGGGAGGACCGAAUGGGGAGAGACAGAGAACGAAAUAGGUGCGAAAAAUUUGUAGUUGGCUGGAAAUUCCUCGUUUUCGAUCCGCAAAAAGUAAAUAUAUCGUCCGCCGAAAAAGAGCCUCGAUAGAUGUGCGUGCCCAAAGAGCAGCGAACAGCCAAGACCAGCUCCUGAAGCACUCCAGUCAAGAGAUAUCGCCGAGAGCCACAGUGAAGCAGAUCCGUGGACGACAUGUUGACGCACAAAACUUGUCAAGCACGUAAGAAAAUGCAGGUUUCCUUUGUGAUACGGGACGCCGAGGAGAAACAACACCGGAAUGGCGUCAAUGCCCUGCAGCUGGACGCAAAUAACGGUAAACUAUACUCCGCCGGACGCGACGCCAUCAUCCGUGUGUGGAACACACGAACGGACUCCAGCGAGAAGUACAUACAGUCCAUGGAGCACCACAACGAUUGGGUCAACGACAUAGUGCUUUGCUGCAAUGGAAGGAACCUAAUCAGCGCCAGCUGUGAUACCACGGUCAAGGUGUGGAACGCCCAGAAGGGCUUCUGCAUGUCUACCCUGCGCACCCAUCGCGACUAUGUGCAGGCAUUAGCCUAUGCCAAGGAUCGCGAGCAGGUGGCCAGCGCCGGACUGGACAAGGCCAUUUUCCUGUGGGACGUGAACACACUCACAGCUCUCACGGCCAGCAACAACACAGUGACCACCUCUAGUCUGACCGGGUCCAAGGACUCCAUCUACAGCCUGGCCAUGAAUCCCUCGGGCACGGUCAUCGUGAGCGGGUCCACGGAGAAUAUACUGCGUAUCUGGGAUCCCCGCACCUGCAUGCGUAGCAUGAAGCUGCGAGGCCACACGGAGAACGUGCGUUGCCUGGUGGUCUCGCCCGAUGGCAACCAGGUGGUCUCGGGCAGCUCCGACGGCACCAUCAAGGUGUGGAACCUAGGUCAGCAGAGGUGUGUUCAAACAAUCCACGUGCAUAAGGAGGGCGUGUGGUCGCUGCUGAUGAGCGAAAACUUCCAAUACAUCAUCUCCGGCAGCCGAGAUCGCAACAUCAUUGUGACGGAGAUGCGGAAUCCCAGUAACAAGACGUUGGUGUGCGAAGAGCAGGCGCCCGUCCUCAGUCUGGGCUACAACAUCGACAAGACGGGUGUGUGGGCCACCACCUGGAACUCGGACAUUCGUUGCUGGAAGCUGCCCAUGUACGAGAGGAGCACGAUGAACUCCUCGGGAGGAAUGGAUGCGCAGUGGACACAGGGCGGCACAGAGGUAGCCUGCAUUAAAGGAGGGGCUGCUAUCAAGGAGUGCACGGUGCUGAACGACAAGCGUUAUAUAAUAACCAAGGAUUCACAGGAUCAGGUCGUUGUCUACGAUGUGUUGAGAGUUGUCAAGAAGGAGCAAUUGGGGGCCGUGGAUUACGAGGCGGAGGUGAAAAAGCGCAACAAGCAGGUUUACAUUCCAAACUGGUUCACUGUUGAUCUGAAAACCGGGAUGCCAACGAUUGUUUUGGGCCAGGAGGAAGUGGAUUGCUUCUCGGCUUGGGUAUCCAUCGAAGCUGGACUGCCGGAAUGCGGCGAUCCCACAACAGAGAUUAAGAUCAACUAUGGGAAACUUCUGCUGGAAGCUUUACUCGAGUACUGGACACCACCGCAUAGCAUACCACCAAACGAAAUGGAGCCCGACAUGCAUGGCAAUGGCUACUUCCAAGUACCCAAACACACGCCUGUCAUCUUUAGUGAAGUGGGCGGCCGCACAGUUUGCCGACUUUUAGUGCGCGACGCAGCCGGAGAUAGCGAAAGCACAUUGCUCCACGAGACGGCGCCGCAGUGGGUGACCGAUGUGGUGAUAGAGAAGAACAUUCCCAAGUUCCUCAAAAUACCGUUCUUCCUGCAGCCCCAUCCGCAAAUGACCAAGCCAGAACGAACGAAGAAGGAUCGCCUGGUGGCUAAUGAAUUUAUCCAGUGCCGCAAGGUCUGCGAGCAUGUGCUAGAAAAGGUGCUGAAUGCGGAGACCACCCCAAGUGGGGGUAAUGCUAAUAAUUCCCUGCAGAAUAGCCAGAGCGAUGCUAACUCAGAGGGAUCCCAACUGCCAGCGGAGGAACGCAUUGAACUGUGGUGCAACGAUGUGGUUGUGGACCCCAACAUGGACCUGCGCACAGUGCGCCACUUUAUCUGGAAACAAUCGACCGAUCUUACGUUUCAGUACAAGACCAAGCAGAAUUUUAACUACGAUGGUUCGAUCGGGGAUAGCCUGGAGCGCGUGACGCGCAAGUAUUGAACGCUGGCAUGUGAUCUCCCGCCUAACCGAAGUAGUUCCAAUGCAUUAUUGAAUGAGAACGAGAUUGAGCAGAUCGAUUAACCAUUUGUAUGUAUUUAUGCAAUGUAUUUGAGUUUACCUUCGACUUCUCGUUAGGAAUACAUAUAUGUACUUCA